UUUUUUAAUUACUCUCUCCUCCUAUCUUCCUAAAAAGGGGGGAAAAAAAAAGAGGAAAAGUCCCAAUAAAAGGGGAUGUCCAACCAACACGCUAAGUACAAAUUUUCCCAAAAAAUAAAAUAUGGCUUCCUCUUUAUAUUUUGUUUUGGGCCAUCAAAUCGGGCAUAUACCAUUACUGUUUUACCCUCUUUAUUCAGAAAGGAACCACAACACCAAUGAAGUUGGCAGUUGGGAAAGUGUCUGUUCCAUGGUGGUGAAGCUUUCAUUCCAAUUCCAACUGUAAAAAAGUUGCAGAAUCAAUCAACAUUAUCUCUUUCCUCCCAUCCCAUUCCUUCUUUUACUUGCUAUAUAAAUUGGACAUCAUCGCCGCUUUAUCCAGUCCAGGGACGAAUUCCUUCUUUUGGGUUGGGUGAGUUCUUGGUUACAUUUCUUUUCUUGUACAUGUUGUUUUGGCAUCCAAUCACCUUUAUUCUUAAGGUGUUCUCAUGGUUUCUUAUAGUGUUAAUUUGGAAGCUAGAAUUGUAUAGUACUAUCUUGAUUUAACCAGGAAAUGGAUGUUUUUCGUGAACUUAUGGCAUAUCUUGAUCAUGUACCGCUUCAGAAUAUUUUGGUUGUUCUUGGUUGCAUUGGUUUGUCUUGGAAGAUCAUUAAGCAUAUGAGGAGCUUCCUUAAAUUAAAGAAGCCCGUUAGGGUACUGGUUACUGGCGCUGCAGGACGAGUAGGCUAUGCUCUUGUUCCAAUGAUUGCGAAGGGGGCCAUGCUAGGUCCUGAUCAACCUGUGAUUCUUCACAUGCUUGAUAUUUCAGCUGAGGACUUGAAAGGAAUUGAGAUGGAAUUGAUUGAUUCCGCCUUUCCUCUUCUGAAAGGUGUUGUUGCCACCACGGAUGUUGCUGAAGCCUAUAAAGGUGUUAAUAUUGCUGUCAUGGUUGCUGGAUUCCGACGGAAGGAAGGCAUGAGAAGGAUGGAUGUGGUGUCCAAAAAUGUAUCAAUUUACAAGGCUCAAGCUGCAGCAUUAGAGCAGCAUGCUGCUCCAGAUUGCAAGAAAAACAUCACCUGUCUUACACGACUUGAUCAUAACAGAGCAUUAGGCCAGCUUUCUCAGAGGCUAAAUGUUCAUAUUAGUGACGUAAAAAAUGUUAUAAUAUGGGGCAAUCACUCAUCAACUCAAUAUCCAGAUGUCAAUCAUGCCACUGUCAACACAAGCGAUGGAGAGAAGCCUGUUAGAAAUGCUGUUGAAGAUGAUAAAUGGUUGAAAACUGAGUUCAUUACCACUGUGCGGCAUCGUGGUGCAGCCAUUAUCAAGGCUUGCCAGCUAUCAAGUGCUCUAUCUGCUGCAAGUGCUGCUUGUGACCAUAUGCGUGAUUGGGUACUUGGGACUCCCAAGGGUACAUGGGUUUCCAUGGGAGUAUGUUCUGAUGGAUCAUACGGAAUACAACGUGGCCUUAUAUACUCUUUUCCCGUUACAUGCCAGAAAGGAGAGUGGUCAAUUGUUCAGGGGCUGAAGAUAAAUGAGUUCUCAAGGGAAAAGAUGGAUGCAACAGAAAAAGAACUAAUCGAGGAGAAACAAUUGGCCUAUUCCUUUCUAGAUUGACGAUUAACUAGUCUUUCUAAGAAGAACUAACAUAGACUGAAUAAAUCCAGGAAAAGAUUAAAUUAGAUAGAAUAACAAACUUGUGUUAUCUUUCAGUUUUUUAUGAUGCACAAAGUGCAAAGCAAGCGAUUAUUUAUCUGCAUUG